AAGAAAAUCUGUUACUUGAACCUUGUUUAUCAAAAUAAUUUGGCCCGCGAUGGUUGAGCACUCUCCUGCUGAGAUUGUUAUAAUUCAUCGGUUUGAAGGGAGACACAUUUUGAUGUGGACACAAGGCUUUUCAGAAGUUGAACCCUCUAUUAUUUUGAAGCAGAACUCUCUUUUUUAAUGCCAUAUCGCCGUUUAUAUUAGAAAACCUGGAUCACGUGUAUUUUGAGAUUAAAACCUUCCACAGUGGUGCACAGCACAUUGCCCCAACCCUAUAUGUUAUGUAAUUCGAAUCCACACAAAGUGUAAUACCAGACGGUCAUAUAAAUGAGAUUGAAGCGCGUGAUCUGCCAAAUGCGUUGGUCGUUGUAGAGAUUUUCUGUCAAGAUGUUCAUGUCUUGGUUGCUCGCAUUUUUCCUGACUGGAAUUGCCCAGUCAAGUUUGCUUGAUGUCGAUCAGUUGAAAGCACGAGAACCAGAUUUUGUCGAUGAUGGUGAUUGUGGAUGCACUAAAGAACCGACUGCACAGUGUGGCUGCUGCACAAAAUUUGAUUUUGACCACAAGGAGCACACAGCCUGUAUGAACAUGACAUUUCAAGUGGAGGAGAAAGCGAUACGAUUUACGGGGACUUUAGAUGACAAGGUUCUGUUCAACGAAACUCUCUCAGCGAGAAAUCCACCUCCUUUUUGUCAAGGGGUUUGUCCACUGUCGUGCAUCUGCCUUCAGUAUUACAACAUCUCGUACGGUGAUGAGGGAAAGUGGGGAGGAUGCCUGAAGAUAUAUGCUGAUCUCAUUGUACCACUCUUUAAUCUUGACUUUGGCUGCUUCAAUCUGCCAACCCAGGAAGGCCAGGAGCAGUGGAGGGCUUCGGACAAGGAGGGCAACUCGCUGUUACACUUUGCCGGCUCUAAUAAGUCAAAGGAUCAAAUGUUGAACAAGACUCGGCAGUGGCUCCUAAAAAUGCUUGGCAAAGACACAACUAAGUCGCCUCAAAAGAAAAAAAAUCCACUUGAUUUCCUUUUCAACAAUCGCGUGAUUGAAAAUUCUGAUGAGGACUAGAAUUAAAGACUUACCGAACCAAACAAGUAAAUGUCUGUGUGAUUGACAGAAUGAUAUUGUAAUCGGUAAUGACAUUCUUGGCAGUCUGCUAUACUUUACCAUUCAUUAUAAAUGUAUGUAAAGUGGAUUAAAACAAUAAAACUGAAUAAGGAAGUGAUGUGGCUCUUUGAACGAUACAGAAGAAAGGCUCCAUAUAUACACGUUAAUUUGUGUUUUCAUGAUGGCGAUGUCACAGCGGCUUAAAGUUAAUAUCUAAAUAAAAGUUGCAACCUUCAAACAGA